AAUUAGAAAAUACAUUAAAUUGAGUACCUUUUUCUUUGAUUGUAUGAAACAAUUGCUUAGGUGAGAUGUGAUAUGCCUUUGGUCAUUUUGAAUGAGAUCCUCAAGUGAUCUCAGGUGUGCCUUACGUUAUUUUUUAACCUGAUUUCUUGCUUUUCUAAAUUAUGUCAUGCAUGAUUAACAGGUCAGUCACAUGUCUUCAUAGAGUGUCUACAGUCCUCAGAUCAUAAGCCCCCACAAAAUUUAUUGUUUCUUCAUAUUCUUGAUUCUUAUUUCCAUUUCCAAGACAUUCAUGAAUUAUUUCAAACCUCUAGUAUUUUUACCUGGAUACCAAUAAAAUCUCUUAUGAAAAGACUGUUGCUAAUUGGUAACUCCAAAAAACUCUCUUAGAUCCACCCAAAAUGUGUUAUGAUGGAUUCCUUCAAACCUACCUCAUGGAAAUAUACAGCAAUGAUGUUCAUUACCACUUCCCCGAUCACUAGUUUGGUUAACAUUCUCCCCUAGUUUGGUUAACAUUCUCCCCAUUUUUGUCAUGAUGGGACAGUUUUAUGGACACUUGAACUGCAGUGCAGUCAAACACUUCAUUAAUGUGCAUGUAUGAUUAAUUGUUCCAAUCUCAAUGGGGGCAGGGGAGUUACACCUACCAAAUCCUAGUCUUAUCUUUCCGGGUAGCAUAACUUAAAAGCCAAAAUCCAUGCUUCUAGAUUUCCAUAGAUUUACACUACACAUAAAGCCUCAGCUAUCGAAAUGCAUGCAAUAUUUACUCUCUUGCUCAGGUUAUCAACUGGAUUGUAUGAAGAAAAUAGCAGUUAGAAUUGUGCAAUACAAUGCUCUUAAAUGAUCUGGUUUAAUUCUUUGCGUCAUAGAUUCUAUCAUCCUAGCUAGGCAAGCCUUACGAAUUGGUUGAGCUCAUGCUAAUGUGUGAUGGCGUCAGGUCACUGUUUCAUUCGUCUUGGACCAAAUAGGUAAAACAACAGUUACAUGAACUUCGGAGUAGGAGAACGCAAAGAAGUUAGCUCAGUUAUUUUAGGACAGUCUUUAAAUUACUUAUAUUAUGGGAGUUUUCUUCUAAUUCUUUUACACUGCUCAUUUUGUUUAAGGCAGCGUUCUUUUUAUGGGCUUAGUUGGUGAACUAUUCACCUACGAAAAGUGGCUAGGUUUUGGAGGUUAUUGAUGUUGUAACCCUCAUGUCUUAUAUAUACUUCUUGGAUGACCUUGGGACUACAUUUGAAUAAUGACAUCGAGUAUGUUGGCUGGAGAACGGAGGUGGGCCUCUGCAAGAAGGGGUGGCAUGACUGUCUUGGGCAAAGUUGCCGUCCCUAAACCUUUGAAUUUACCUAGCCAAAAGUUAGAAAAUCAUGGUCUGGAUCCAAAUGUGGAAAUUGUUCCCAAGGGUAGCCUUAGCUGGGGCAGUCGUCCAUCUUCAUCGACGUCAAAUCCUUGGGGUUCAUCAGCAAUAUCUCCAAAUGCGGAGAGUAGCACUGUUUCACCCCAUCAUCCCAGUGGCCGCCCUUCAUCGGGCGGAGGCCUUAGUCGACCAUCUACUGCUGGCAGCGACAGAAUGCAUGAGCCUUCUGCUAGUACAUGGGGUCCAAAUUCUAGGCCAUCAUCAGCUUCCGGGGUAUUGACAUCAAACCAGUCAUCACUAACGUCAUCACGCCCACUCAGUGCAGAGACAAGACCAGGUAGCUCGCAUCUGUCCCGUUUUGCUGAGCCUGUAUUUGAUAAUUCCGUGGCAUGGGGUCCUAAUGGUACUGCAGAUAAGCUGUCAAUGCCCUCCAAAGUUAAUGAUUUCUCUCUGAGUUCUGGGGACUUUCCAACGCUGGGUUCAAAAAAAGAUGAUGCUGCAAAGACUAGCGAAGCACAUGAUCAUGGUUCUCAUGGACGUCCUGGCUCAGCCUCUGGCAGAACUGUACAUGUCAAAGAGAGAAAUGAGAUAAUUCAAGCUGAUCCCAAGAGCGGAACUGUUGAUACUUGGACAAGAGAGGGUUCUCCACGUGUUGUAGAUGGGAUUCAUCCUAGUGCUGAAAAGUGGCAAGGGGAACCACAACACUAUGUCAAUCCUAAUGUUCCUCCUCAACAUUUUGAUGCCUGGCGUGGUCCACCAAUGAAUGCACCUCCUGGUGUUUGGUAUAGAGGGCCACCUGCAGGUCCCCCAUAUCCUCCUGUUCCUCAUGGUGGGUUUCCGAUGGAACCUUUCCCUUACUAUCGCCCUCAGAUCCCCCCUCCUCUAGUGAAUUCGCAACCAGGUCCUCCACCCGGCCCUGGUCCAACAGGCCACCAUCCAAGAAAUGGAGAUUUUUACAGGCCGCAGAUGCCUGAUGCUUUUAUUCGUCCAGGAAUGCCGAGGCCUGGCUUUUAUCCUGGUCCAGUGCCCUAUGAUGGUUAUUUUGGUCCUCCAAUGGGAUACAAUCCCAAUGAUCGUGAUAUUCCAUUUAUGGGAAUGCCACCUGGGCCACCUGUUUACAACAUGUGCCCAUCUCAAAACCCUUCGGAGAUUAGCGAUGGUCACUUCAGAUCUGGUGGACGUGGAUCAGUCGGAAAUAUGUUUGUUUCUGAACAACCUGAGGAAUCUAGAGGGCCAUACAAAGUUCUUAGAAAACGUGAAAAUGGAAGGGAUGUAGACAUGGAAGAAGAGAGCUGGGAGCAGACUGCAACAGCAAAUUUAUUAGGCUUAGAAAAGAGUAACCAGCCAAGACCAUCAUUCCACAGGAAUGAGCGGGGAACAGACGCCAGAAGGACUGAAGAUAUGCCUUCAAGAAGAAACACACUUAAUGACAAUCCGUCCAGGAUGUUACACAACCAAGGUCAUCCUUCAGACUCUGUGAUUGUGCAUUCACCCGAGGGUACACGCAAGUCUAAAGCAUCCAAUGAGAGUUGGGGAAAGAAGUCAGAAAUUGUAACACCUUUUCCAGAAGUGCCUCAGGAUAUUCCAGCUAACACGAAAGAUUCAAGCCUAAUACAGAAGAUAGAAGGUUUGAAUGCAAAAGUGCGGGCUUCUGAUGUACGGGGGGAUGCUGCAUCUGGUUCUUUAAAGGAGGAGCAGAAGAAUAGAUUAUUAGUUAACCCUAAGGACAACUCUACAAUUGGAUUUGGUAGCACUUCCAACACUGGAGAUCUUGCCCCUCCUCGUGACAUCAAUGUAUUAAGAGGAGAGAAUACCUUUAGGUCUACCACUGCCAGUCCACCCUUCUCAAGGCAAGCACAUCAUGGAGUGCGAAGUCGAGCAGAUCACAUCAAAGGAAGAUCAAAUAAUCAAGACAACGAUGGGUGGCGAAAGAAACCUCCAAUUCUGGGUUUUGAAGUACCAGAUAACCAUAUUUCUGUCGAGGCUGCUGAGAACCCUGAAACUAAGAAUGCAGGCGAGUCUUUGACUCCAAUGGUUGAUCCCACUGAUGGCCAAGCACAGCGUGCUAGGAUGAGGGAGUUAGCAAAACAGCGUGCAAUCCAACUACAGAAAGAAGAGGAAGAAAGAAUAAGAGAGCAGAAAGCAAAGUCUCUUGCGAAAUUGGAAGAGUUGAAUAGGCGUACACUCGCAGCAGAUGGUACAACCCAGGCUGCAGAAAAAACUGCUAUUAAUGUUCCUGAGCAGGAGGACGUGGGUGGAUUCCAAAAACCAACUGGAUCAGCUAUUGAAACUAGCAAACAAGAGAUACCGAUCACAGAUUUGGAUUCAAAAGCUCAAGCAGUUGCCCAGAUCAGCGAGAAGAGUACAACUGGGAUUGGACAAUCCAUUACUCUGUCCAGAGACUCAAAGUCAACGAACAGUCAACAAGAGCAUGUUGUUUCACAUGGCCAGUCUUUGCUUUCAAAACAAAAUGUUGAUAAUGCAACUGAUGCUGAAAGCAAAGCUGCUCCACUUGGUAAUGAUAGCAGCCUACCCAGGCUGAAGCGCGCUAAUCAUAGACAAAAGCAGAGUGUACAAGUGGUGGAAAGUUUGGCUGACAAACCAACUCUGAGUGGUACAGGUGAGACACUUAAAGGUUCUGCAGGUGCAGCUAUGAAGAAUUCUGGAAAUAAUGUGGUUGUAUCAGGUGAAGAUGUACCGAGUCAACAAUCGAAUCUGCCAAACAACUCAAAUAUCUUGUCCGAGUCAACACAACAGAGGAAGAGAAAUAACAAGAGUAGCAAGACUAAGCAUAAACUUGAUGAUGCUUCUCUACCUGCUACUGUCUCAUCAUCAUCUGCAUCAAGAGAAGGUGAUCUUGGAAAGCUUUCUACUGAAAGCGGAAAGCCAGAAUCUUCUCAAUUUGAUUUGGAUCCGAGCAUUGUGUUGGUGACUGAUAGCAAGGAUGCAAUGCAAUCUAAUCUGGAGCAUAUCUCUUCUUUACCUAGUGAGGAAGCCCAUGGUAGAUCAACUAACCAGUAUAAACCUCAGCACUCCAGAAGGAUGCCGAGGAACCCACAGGCUAAUAGAUCAACAGAUAGAUUCCAUGGCAGUGAUGGUGUUAUGUGGGCCCCUGUGCGGGCCCAGAACAAAGAAGAGCGUGGAGAUGAAUACAGUCAGAGAACCAUGCAGGAUGAUGUGUCCCUGCCAUCAAAGACCAUUAGCUCGGUCCAGACUAACCUGAAAAGCAAAAGGGCGGAAAUGGAGAGAUAUGUCCCCAAGCCAGUGGCCAAAGAGCUGGCUCAGCAGGGAAGCAUUCAGCAAUCGUCAUCGCCAUCUUCACCCAGAAUAAAUACGUCUGAAGAUAUAACAGAUAGAGAAGAAUUGGGCUCUCAACCACCAAUCCCAGUUGCUGCAAGUGUGGGGUCUGUUGUGGAGUCCAAGAGUGGGGAUAUUAAGCAGAAUAAGCAGCAGGUGAAAUCCCAUGGAGCAUGGCGCCAACGUGGACCAACUGAAGUGCAUCGGGAGCAAGGUUUUCAACAGGGAGCAUCUAUAACUUCAAAUCCAAAGAAAACUCAUAAUAAAUCUCCGAGCCAACAUGAGGCCUCAAACCCUGUUUCGACUGAAACUAAUGUUAUGCACGAAUGGGACCCUUCUGAUGGCUGGUUUAUGCCUGAAUAUCCACCAACUGAAGUUGCACCUGUUGUGAAAGAUGAAGGGGCAGCCACUGGUAAAGGAAAGAGACCAGCAUACAAGGGACAGAGGAGCACAGCCAAAAAUCAUGAUGUUGAUCACAAGGAUGUUAGUGGUGCAGAAGUGGAGAAAAACUUGAUGCAGUCGACAAUGCCUCUUGAGAUAAACCAAACAGAUAGGCCUACUUCUUCCAAAGAGAACCGUUGGCAACCCAAACCACAAGCAUAUAGGGGUGGUUGGUCCGGUGGAGGUCAAAAUGCUAGCCCAGAGGUCAAAAGGGUUCAACCUGAAGAACCAGUUGCUGAAUAUAAGAAUGCUAGAGAAGCAGCACAUGAUGGACAUCAAGAGGGUAGGAGAGAAAGAAAGCCGGCUUCAUUCAGAGGUCCAAACCAAGGCUUUGGUGGUAACAUGGAAGAUGAAGCACCAUUCGAGCAGCAGCAUGCUGCUUCAGGUUUUAGAAAGUAUGGAGGUCAAAACAACCGUUCUGGUGGGCAAGAUAAUAGGAGGCAGAAUAAUAAUGCAAAUAAUAACCGGGAAAGGCCGAGGCAAAAUCAGCAUUACGAGUACCAGCCAGUUGGAUCAAACAACAAUAAUAGCAACAGAUCCAGUAAUCUUGAUGGACCUGCAGAUGGGUCUGGUAAUGCAGCUCUGAGGUACAAAGAAAGGGGUUCAGGUCAAUCCAGACGUGGUGGUGGAAAUUUCUAUGGGCGGCAAUAGCGGCCCUGCUGUUGAAGUAGAGAUGAAUUAUGAACUAUUGAGCAGGAGUUUCUUUCCUUUUUUUGGAUCGGAAAUUUGGUUGGAUGUUUCAGGCUUGUGUAGGGCAAAGGAUGAUACCGGUUACACGGGACGGGAGAAGAAAAGAAAGUUGGACGUGGCGGUUUCUUAUUAUGUGUUAGAGAAAAUGUAAUGUUGUAAUUCAGGAGUCGAGAUGCGCCCGUUCUUGUUUGCCCUAAUAUUUGUCAAGUGAAGUGAAAACUUUGAAUACUUGUUUUGGCCUAAAUAUUGGUUGGUGGAUAGUUUGUUGACCAUCUCA